UCUACCUGAAGCUAUGUUAUUUUUAAGCAUGGAAAUACAGAAUAUUUCAUUUCUGUAACAGCGUAUGGCUGUAUUAUUCUAAAUAGUGUUCACAUAUACAUUUAUACAUUUAUAUAUCCGAUAUAUUAAUAAUUUUCUUGUUAUCAAAUUUGGAAUUGUUUUGGCGAUAUAUCGCAAUUGCUCAAAUGUUUCGCAUUAAAUGCGUCUUCCAACACUGUCCAAAAAGUCGAUUGACCUGCUAAUCGGAAAACGCGCAAACUUACGAAGUCAAAAGACGUCAAACGAAAAAAUGGAAAAGUAUCCGCUCGCUAGAGAACUUCUCGGCCAAGAUGGCCAAAACGAUGAGAAAAUGGCACAAAUUGAGGAAGAGAUCAUGAUAAAAAACAAAUUGAACGCCGAAGGAGAGGUGAUUCGCCCGAAAUUGGAGGAGCUGAUGUUUGACACCACUCUGAUCAAACAGGGAGGCGCCAUUGUGGAGGAGAUUACGGCCCAGAUGGAGAAGAUGGAUACCACCACGAAUAGCUGCCUGUUUGAUGCCAUGCAAAUCGAGCACUUGCUCGAGGAGGUCGGGUUGCAGGACAUCCUGCGCUACAAGGUUCAGCAACAGGAGCAGAACACCCAGCGCCAACUGGCAAUCCUCGAGGAGCAGAUAGUCGAGGAGGAGAAGCAGAAGACCAUCCUCGAGUCACGCGAUAUCGUUCAUGAAUAUCGCUUGGUAAAGACCUCAAGAAAUGAAGCCGAGAAUAAGCUAACUCCAUUUAAACAAGAAUUAGACCAGUUAAAUCGCCAGGCCAUAACGUCGUUUAAAGAUUUGGAAGAACUUCGUAACAAAAAGAUAAUCGCUGUUGUACAGAUCAGCAAGGAUAUCGGUAAAAUACAGUCAAAUAUAAAACCAAGUGAUAAUGCUACAAUCGAUAAAAAUCAAAAUCACAUUAAUCAAGAGAAUAUUGUUGCCAAGAAAGUAACAAAAACCGUUGGUCCAACAUCGUUGCAACAGACUCAAGUAAAACCAUCUAAUGGCAGCGGUUCAUUAUUUCAGUCAUCUAAGGACUUUCUCAAAAACUUUCUGUUGAGCAAGCCCACAAAGGCUGGCGAUGAGAGCGACGAUAGCAACGCAGGUACAAAUCAAAAAAAGAAGACGCCGCUGCGAUCCAUUUUUGUCCAUCGUAAGAAAGAGGCGUCUGUUUUCUCUACUAAAUCGCCAUCAAAAAAAGUUCGAUUUGCUCCUGAUCCGGAACUAAGCCAAAUUUUUGAGUUCGAAGUAGAAAAGCAGGAUUCGGGUUCAGAUUUAAAGGAAUCAGAAAAACCUAAAGAAGAAUCAGUGGAGAAACGAGAAGAAUCAGAAGAGGAAACAGAAGAAUUAGACGAGAAACCGGAAGAAUCAGAGGAUGAAGAAUUAGUGGAGGAACUAGAAGAACCUCAGGAGGAGGCAAAUACAGAAUCAGAAGAGGAAACGAAGACAUCAGACGAAGAUGAGGAGCAACCAGAAGAUGGUUCAGAGAACGAAGUGGAGGAAACUGAGUCAUCAGUCGAGGAAUUUAAUGAGGAGAAACCAGAAGAUGGUUCAGAGAACGAUGUGGAGGAAACUGAGUCAUCAGUCGAGGAAUUUAAUGAGGAGCAACCAGAAGAUGGUUCAGAGAACCAAAUGGAGGCAUCACAGAAAGAAUUUGAUGAAGAGGAACCAGCUGAAUUUGAGGAGCAAUCAGACGAGGGAUCAGAAAACGACAUCCAAAACCUGGAAAAAUCGAAAGCAAAAUUGGACGAAAUUGAGUUGGAUGUAUCGGAUCCAGAACUAGACGGAUCUGUUGAGAAAUCGGGAUCCGAAAGUCAGGAUUCCGGAUCAGACGAAGAAUUUGAUGAGGAGCAACCAGAAGAUGGUUCAGAUAACGAAGUGGAAGAAACCGAAGCAAAAUUGACCAAAAUUGAGUUGGAUCCAAAAAUGGACGGAUCUAAUGAGAAACCGGGAUCCGAAAGUCCGGAUUCUGGAUCGGACGAUGAGACAUCGGGAGGGCAAGAAUCAGGCGAGGAGGAGAAAGACAAGGCAACCACAAAAAUGGAUAAGGUGGCAAAACCCAAUCUAGAGGGGCAGAAAACAAUUAACACGGGGACGAAGCAGAAGUCAUCCAUCAAGAGCGAGAAUAACCUGAGCUUUAUCCCCGAAACUCCGCAGAUAAUCAGUGUGGAGCGUAUUUCAGCACCUAAAUAUUCAACUUCAAAGGCAAGCGACGACUUGCCCAGCACCUCAACCGGCACUCGCAACCGCUAUACAAAACAUACCAUAGUUGUCGACGAGGAUAAACCAGUGGCGCUGGACAACCAGAAAUUCCCCAUGACCCAACCUCUGCCUAUGCACUUCAAGCACCCAUCGACCAUUUUCGAAAGCAAUGAUGACCAAUCUCUAAAUUUCAACUCUCCCAAUAACGAUCUCAACGAUGAUUUCCUCCUGAAUUUCAGUGAUGAUAAUGCUUCGCUUACUGGGAAUUCAUACAUCUUGUAAUUAAAUAAUUUUUG